UGCUGGCGCUGCAGGCCCGAAAGAAGCGGACCAAAGCCAAGAAGGACAAGGCCCAGAGGAAUGUGUGCACCAGAUAAGUGAUUCUAUGGGAAACUGGCAAGAGAAUACAAAAGUCUUUUUUCCAAACUCUUUGAACACCUUCUGUAAGGAACAACUGAGUGACUGAAAUCUUAGUUACUGCAAAUAACUGUUACUGUCCCUGCUAUGCAUUGCAGAGGAAGAUCAGCUGAGAGCAACCCCCAGCCUUGCUGCAAGGCCCUUUACCUGCAAUGCAGUGCUGUGCAUCUGCAGCUAGGUGGUGGAGGCAAAUCCCUCUUCUCCCUUACUCUUGCACAAAGCUUUGCUGCGUUCGAGAAGAACCAGCCCCUCUGCCUGCCGUUGAUGUCCCCCUGCUUCCUGAACAGUGUGGCAUCUGAUUUUUAAUGGCUCUUUCGAAAACUAUUGGGCUGUCUUCAGGAAUAUCUUUAUCAAUGGGAGGCCGUGCUUCAUGCAGACCCGACACUCAGCAUCGGGGCCCUGCUGCUCAUUCAGAGAAUGAUCUUCCAGAGCAAGAGGAAGAAAUCCUGGGAUCAGAUGAUGAUGAACAAGAGGAUCCAAAUGAUUACUGUAAAGGUGGUUAUCACCUUGUGAAAAUAGGAGAUCUCUUUAAUGGACGAUACCAUGUGAUUCGGAAGCUUGGAUGGGGCCAUUUCUCCACUGUGUGGCUAGCUUGGGACAUCCAAGGGAGGAGAUUUGUGGCAAUGAAGGUGGUGAAGAGUGCAGAGCACUACACAGAAACAGCACUGGAUGAGAUCAAGUUGCUAAAAUCGGUCCGCAACAGUGAUCCAAAUGAUCCAAGUAAAGAGAGAGUUGUUCAGUUAUUAGAUGACUUCAAGAUUUCAGGAGUUAAUGGUUCUCAUAUCUGUAUGGUGUUUGAAGUUCUAGGGCAUCAUCUCCUGAAGUGGAUCAUCAAGUCAAAUUACCAGGGACUUCCACUUCCUUGUGUCAAAAAGAUCAUCAAACAGGUUCUUCAGGGUCUGGAUUACUUGCACACAAAAUGUCGAAUCAUUCAUACAGAUAUUAAACCUGAGAACAUUCUUCUGUGUGUUAAUGACCAGUAUAUCCGCCGGCUGGCUGCAGAAGCAACAGAGUGGCAGAGGUCUGGGGCUCCCCCACCAUCUGGCUCUGCAGUGAGCACUGCACCACAGCCAAAACCAGCUGACAAAAUGUCAAAGAAUAAGAAAAAGAAGUUGAAAAAGAAGCAGAAACGCCAGGCUGAGUUGUUAGAGAAGCGAAUGCAAGAGAUAGAGGAAAUGGAGAAGGAAGCAAGCCCUGGGCAGACACAGCCUGAAGAGGAGGAAGAAACUCAGAGCCCUCUGGAAAUGCUCAUAAAAGUUAGUCCUCCAGAGGAAAACGUCAGCAAAAAGACAGCUGAAGUCGUUGUACAAGAGCAAUCUGUUCUAAUGGAAAGCAGCGUGGAAAAAUGUGUUACAGAAAUAAACUGCAAUGGAGUGAUACAAAUGACGGACUUCCCAGACUCCAGCAAUCAAGGGUCUGUGCGACUUGAGGAUGACCUUCAUAAUGCCAAUGACUGUGGCGAUCACCCUCAUACACAGAAGAAGGAAAACUUCCAUAGUUGUAAUUACAGUCAGCGUAAUGGUGACUCGGAGAACAGGCCUCAAGAAGCAAUGUCGGACUCAUUCGUGCCCUUAGUUUCAGAAGAUUCCAUGGUGUGUCAGCCCACGUCCAAUGAAGAGCGAUCAUUCAAUGAGCAGGAGAUUAACCAUUUGCAAGAAAGCAUCCGGACAGAGAUACCUUCAGAGGAUGAGAAUGAGAAUAAUAGCCCGUCAGACAACAAAGGAAAAUCAACUGCUGGGAAUUUCCUUCUUAAUCCUCUUGAGCCCAAGAAUGCAGAUAAGCUCAAAGUGAAGAUAGCUGACCUAGGAAAUGCCUGCUGGGUGCACAAGCACUUCACUGAAGACAUCCAGACAAGACAGUACCGAUCCUUGGAGGUGUUGAUAGGAUCGGGGUAUAACACUCCUGCUGACAUCUGGAGCACGGCAUGUAUGGCCUUUGAGUUAGCAACAGGAGACUAUCUGUUUGAGCCUCAUUCUGGAGAAGAUUACUCACGGGAUGAAGAUCACAUUGCAUUGAUCAUAGAACUUCUGGGGAAAAUACCUCGCAAGCUCAUUUUGGCAGGCAAAUAUUCCAAGGAGUUCUUCACCAAAAAAGGUGAUCUGAAGCACAUCACCAAACUGAAGCCCUGGGGCCUUUUUGAAGUCUUGGUGGAAAAAUAUGAGUGGUCCCAAGAUGAGGCAGCUGCAUUCACAGACUUCUUAUUACCUAUGUUGGAGCUGAUCCCAGAGAAACGAGCUACAGCAGCAGAGUGUCUCAGGCACCCCUGGCUUAACUCGUAGAGGCUUCAACCCAAUGCCACAGCACUACACUCUGGUUUACAGCAUAGCAUACAUGCACCCAGCUGCCCCUUCCCAGAUCCAUUUUUUUCCUUGUUCAUUUUCAGUGUGAAGUUCUUCCUUCAAGGCUUCCAAGAUUUUAGAUAAAUCUAACCUGUUCUGCUGAGUUUGCUUGUGUGACUCAAUGGGGACUCUCCUCAGCCAGUGGGCAUCAUCUGUGUUUUGCCUUGAUUAGGCUUCGCCAAAGACUAAUUGACUAGAAUAUGAAGUUUUUCCUGAGUCUCCUCACUGUUACGCACCGUGUGUUACAGAUGUGAGCUCACCUGUGCUCAGAUAAGCUCCCUUAGCUAAAUUCCAACUCCCCUUUCUUCAUGAAGGGGAUGUGAAGAUUGAACGCCUCCUUAUCUCACUGACUCAGGAGACAACUUCCCGCUGUUCGUCCAGUAGCUAGCAAUUGGGUGAGAAGUAACAGAUGGCACCAAGGUGGUGUUAGUUCCUUGUAGAGCAAAGACCUCCAAAUCCUUCAUCAUUUUUCUAGGUGUCUACUGUAUUCUUUGCUUUCCAGUCGCCUAACUUUUCUUUAGUUCUAGCUGUUUAAAUCUUUUGAAGAGAGCUAUUUAAACCUAGGUUUUAGUAUCCUUUAUUUCUUCUUCCAAAGUGCCCUGCCCCUUUACUUUUUCCUUCCCUGUGCCCAGAUAGUCAGAAUAGUUUCUGAACUCAGUGACAUUUUCUACUUUAAUGCCUGUGCCUGUGACUAAAAGGUGACAAGCAAAAUAAGCAAAAGCUGGAACCGACUCAACGCACAAUCUUCAGCGUACAGAUGGGUGUGCCCUUUGGCUGCAGAGAGGUAGCCUUGUUGCAGGCAACUCUUCUAACAUUUUAGUGAGCUGUAAGGUUUUUGGUUUUUAUCCCUUACUGGCACUUUUUUUGCCUUGCUUGAGGCGGUUGCUAUAUCUGUGAGAGUUUGGCUUUCACUGAUGCAGUCUGCUCUGGCCCUUAAUUUUUGGCCAUUCACUUUUUCCCAAGAAAAGGGUGGCAGCAUCUGUGUCACAGCCAUGCUAUAGCUCUUUUGACUUUCAAAAUCAACACUUGAAGGCCUAGUGUAAAGAUUUCUUUUCCUUUAACUUGCUUCAGGUGCUGGCCUUCAGAAAUAACUACCCAGGAUGGGACUGCCUUUUUAUUUUCUGGGCCAUUAGCACAAGGAGAGCUAGCAGAAGUGGAAGAGAACUGACUUUUCCAUGUAGAUACUGGAUUAGAAGCUGUUUCUAGAGUUAUCCCAAGUAAAAAUGUUCUGUGGGGUUUCUAUAUAAACUUCUCAGAAGGGGUUGGAUAUAAUGAGUAAAUGGGUUAAUUUUAAUUAAAAGUUAAAUCACUGUGGCAUUUGAUAGUUCUAUGAUGGCUUCUUCUAGACUUGCCCAUCCUGUUACAGAUUCAGUGCAUCCUACUCUAAAGCAAGAUUUGGCAGCAUUGAGACUUCAGAGGCACUUCCUUACCCUGGACCAAACAGGCCUUUGCAUUUGUGGUGGCUCUCAGAGGAUAGAAGUUGUUGCAGGAGCAUGCUGGAGGCCACGCAGAUGCUAUCCGAGAUGAUUAUGUUGCCAAAGCUGCCAAGACCACUGUUACGUGUCACUUCUGUAUGUGUGUUUGGAAAUCCUGGUUCAUAAGGAUCGUUCAUUCAUAAACCUUGGUGUCUUUUAAUCCACUUGAAAAGGGUUUCUCCAGUCCAGUGCCUGACUGGGCUUAUUAAUGCAAAUCAUGCUGCAUGUUCUUUUAGGGGUAGAUCAGGUUCUCUAUGCAUAUAAUCUAAAAUUAAAGGAAGGUAACAUACCAAAAGAGUUUUAAACUGCUGAUUUGACUUUUUUUUUCCCUUUCAUCUGGAGUUUUCCAGUCGCCUGUCACUUCCAUAUCUGUUAUAGAAGGACUGCAGACAGGACUGGGUUCCAAAAUACCUACUGUCUACAUACUGUGAAGAUACAUUGGCAGGGCAAACAAUUUCUGUUGUCUUGAAAGCUCACCCGUGUCCUGUGUACUUGAGACUGGCUGAUUAAAGAACUCUUCCUAGAAGGGGUCUGCACGCUUCGACUCUGAGAGCUCCUUCCUUCCCUUCCCUCUGCCACCCCUGACUGGAGGAGGAUGUUUUUUACCAUGAUAGCCAAGGCUAGAGCCAGCUUGAGUUGAAGACUUGCAGAAGUAGCUGUCAGGAUUCAGCCGUGUACCAUGUGCUCGUUCACUUGGGGUUUGUUAAAUUUCCAAAUUGCCGUAAAGUGCUCACACUAAAGGAUUUG